GAGGAGAGCUGUCUUCAUUCCCCGUCCUGACCCGUCCCUCAUGCUGCUGAGGCUCUUGCUGCUGCUCUGUGCUCCACCCUGUGAACCUGCUGAGCUGUUUCCACGUCCUAUGCUGACAGCCAAACCCUUACAGCCCAUGGAGGGGGACCAAAUGACCUUGACCUGUGAGAUGUGGUCCCCUCCUCAGAAGCCAGAUGUCCAGAUCCAGUUCUGCUUCUUCAGAGACGUGCAGAUGCUUGGGUCAGGCUGCAAAUCCUCCCCAGAGCUCCGAAUCCCAGCUGUGUGGAGCAAAGACUCAGGGUCCUACUGGUGCCAGGCACAGAUAGUGGCUUUUGGGCUCACAAAAACCAGCCUGAUGUCUCAGAUACAUGUGCAGAGAGUCCCUGUCUCUGAUGUGAGCUUGGAGACCCACCCCCCAGGAGGACAGGUGAAGGAGGGAGACAAGCUGGUCCUAAUCUGUUCAGUUGCUAGUGGCACCGGAAACAUCACCUUCUUCUGGUACAGAGGUGCUCUGGGUUCAAACUUGGAAACAAAGACCCAGCAGUCACUGAGAGCAGAACUUGAGAUCUCUUCAGUGCAGCAGGAGGAUGCUGAACAAUACUACUGCGCAGCAGACAAUGGCCUAGGCCCCAGCCUCAGUGGGCUGAUAAAAAUCACUGUCAGAAGUCCAGUGUCCCGCCCUAUCCUUACCUUCAGGACCCCUGGGGCCCAGGCUGUGGCAGGGCAUGUGGUAGAGCUUCACUGUGAGGCCGUGAGAGGCUCUCCUCCGAUCCUGUACCGGCUUUAUCAUGAGGGUAUCAUCCUGGGGAACAGCUCGGCCCCCUCUGGAGGAGGAGUGUCUUUCAACCUCUCCCUGACUACAGAACAUUCUGGAAACUACUCCUGUGAAGCUGAUAAUGGCCACCGUGCCCAGCGCAGUGAGGUUGUAACACUCAAUGUUGCAGUGUCUGUCGGGGAACGGAGUGAUCACCUUACUUCAGGCAUCAAUGAACGGCUUCUUGGUGGCCUUGGUCCCAUCAUUUUUAUGGCCUUGCCAUUUGGCUACUGGCUCAAGAGAAAAAUAGGAAGACGCUCAGCUGGGGAUCCCCUCAGGAUCCCUGCCAGCUCUGUGCCCCAACAAUCUAACUACUGCAACUCACCUGAUUCAAUGCAGCUACAGACUUUUUAUGAAAAUGUGUCUGUUGUAAGUGGCGAUAAGGUUUAUUCACUGGUGUACCACAACCAGCAGGAGCAGGAACAGGUAGCAGGUGAACGUGUGGGGACCCAUACGGAGAAUGAGGUCUCCUCAGACAUCUAUUCCAGGCUGAGAAAGGCAGACAUCACAGAUGUGGACUAUGAAGAUGCUGUGUGAAGUUACUAAAGAUUUUGGGUUUUGCAAACCAUCCAUGACCUUGAGCCUCCGACCCAACACAAUCUUCCCAGAGAUGGCGCGAAUGUGCUUCCCAGUACCCUUCACCCAGGUGCUUUUCUCCUUGAAAUGAUUCCUUCAUCUACUGUGAAGUGAAGUGUCACAAGCUCCAAAAAGAAUGCCCUGGAGAACCAACUCAGACCAACCUAGACCAAGGGAUGGGAGGACUUUGCUGCCAGAACCUGAGUCCUGCUGGCUCUUUUGGGAACAGGUUGAACUUCUUUUCAUAAAAGGAAACUGGAAUAAAAUAAACUAAAGUCUUGGAGUAGAGGGACAGUGAGGCUCAGUGUGCAUAAAUGCAGGAUUAUAGUGACUUUGCAGGAUUAUUUCGGAGAGAGAGAGAGAGAGAGAGAGAGAGAGAGAGAGAGAGAGAGAGAGAGCUCUAUAUCCAUAAGUGUUUCCUGUGCACACUGAACAGGCCACUCCCUGCCCUGACUCUUACCUGAAUCAUGCUGUUUCCCCCUAAAAAAUUUGAUUUAGUCUAUUUUGAGUUGCUGCUACAAAAUUAGAAUUAAAAUAUAGUUACAAAGACAAAUGAUUGUGGUUAGACUGUUUUACUGGCUGAUUUUGUCUGCACAGGCCAAACUAAACACCUCUAUAUUUAUAAAAAUCUUUAUAA